AUGGUACAAAAAAUUCAAGAUAUCUCACUACUGCACUCAUAUUAUGUAGACCAAUGGGAUUGGGAGAUCAUUAUUCAGAGAGAUGAACGAAAUGACGAAAAAUUGGAGGAAGUAGUUGAGAAGAUAUAUGACUCUAUGAAAGUAACUGAGAACAUUUUGAUAUCAGCAUACCCAGUGUUAAAUCGCAAGUUACCGGAAAAUAUUAAAUUCAUUACAACGCAGGAAUUAGAAGAUAUCUACCCCGACAAAAAACCGGCAGAACGUGAAUAUCUUGCAGUUAAACAGUAUGGUGCUGUUUUUCUCAAACAGAUCGGAAAGCUUCUGAAAUCCAAUACGAUACACGACAAUCGAGCCCCAGACUAUGAUGACUGGGAAUUGAAUGGAGAUAUACUAGUUUAUAGUGAACACGACGAUAGAUGUAUAGAAUUGUCAUCAAUGGGUAUCCGAGUGGAUGAGUUGUCAAUGGAGAGACAGUUGAAAGAAAGUGGUUGUGAAGCACGUAAACAGCUUGAAUAUCAUCAAAAUGUUCUGAAUGGUAUAUAUCCAUUAACGAUAGGUGGUGGAAUAGGACAGAGUCGAUUGUGUAUGUUCUUUAUGGAGAAGAAACAUAUUGGUGAAGUGCAAGUUAGUAUAUGGCCUGAACACGUUCGUCGUGAAUGUGAACAGAAUAAUAUAUUUCUCCUGUAAACUGAACGAAAUCAUUUUCUCUCAGCUUUAUUGUUGAAAAGAAUGUGAAGUGCAUGAAUAUUGAUUGUAUGUAUGUUUUCAU